CAUGAACCUCUUGCCAUUCGAGUCCCUCUGUGUUUUCCUGCUUCCCCAAGUUUGGUUGGCAUCGGGCACGCAGGAAAUCUAUGCUGACCAGGAGACGAUUGGCAAGAUCUCAGCUGCUGGCCAAUUGAUGUGGUGCUCAGCUUCUGUUGAUAUCCUUUUCCUCUUGGAUGGCUCCUACAGCAUUGGCAGAGGCAGCUUUGAAAGAUCGAAGAACUUUGCAGGCAAGCUCUGUGAUGCCCUGGACAUCCAUCCGGGCAGGGUCCGCGUAGGAAUGGUACAGUUUAGUUCUGCUCCCCACCUUGAGUUCUCAUUGGAUUCCUACCUAACCAAACAAGAAGUGAAAGAGAGGAUCAAGAGGACAGUGUUCAGAGGUGGCAGCACAGAGACUGGUCGGGCUCUGAAAUACAUUCUCCAUAAGGGAUUCCCUGGUGGCAGGAACUUGACUGUCCCCAAGAUCCUGAUCAUCAUUUCGGAUGGGAAGUCCCAGAGCAGUACCGCAAUGCCUGCCAUGCAGGUGAAGGAGAGAGGGACAACAGUUUUUGCAGCAGGAAUCAAGUUUCCAAGGUGGGAGGAGCUGCAUGCUCUGGCCAGUGAGCCCACUGAGCAGCACGUGCUCUUUGCCGGCGAUGUCAGCGAUGCAGCCAAUGGUCUGUACAGCGCCCUGAGCAGCUCCAUCUGCAGUGUCACCACACCAGGUUGCAACGUUGAAUCCUUUCCUUGUGAACGCAGAACUCUGGAGACUGAGAAAGAACUGGCUGGAAGCUAUGUCUGCUGGAAAGGCUCAAAGCAGCAGAAUGCAGUGCAUGCUUCACUGUGCCCUUUUUACAGAUUGAAAAGAGUCUCAAUAAAACACCCAUCCAGAUGCUUCCGAACCACAUGUACAGACCCUUGUGACUCCCAUCCGUGCCAGAAUGGGGGUACAUGUGUCCCAGAGGGACUGGACAAGUACCACUGCCUGUGCCCUGUGGGAUAUGGAGGAGGCAUACACUGUGCGCCAAAGCUGAGCCUUGAUUGUGGUGUGGAUCUCCUUUUCCUGAUGGACAGCUCAGCAGGGGUCACACUGGAGGGAUUCCUGCGUUACAAGGCGUUCCUCAAGAGGUUCCUUCAAGCAGCAAUGGGCCGGGACUCGCCUGCAAAUGUGGGAGUGGCCCAGUACGAUACCAAUGUCAGGAUACCUGUUGAAGUGAGACAACACAAGGAUGUGUUUGGUCUCAUGAAGAGCAUUGAUGCUUUGAAUUUCAGCGGGGGAGGAACCCUGACGGGCAGAGCCCUGCUGUACAUUGCACAGCAUGGUUUUAGGAGCACCCCAGUCUUUGCAGAUGUGCUGGAUGACCUCCCACGUGUGGUGGUCUUGCUCACUGACUCCAAGUCCCAAGACCCAGUGGCAGAAGCUGCCAAGUAUGCAAGGGACAGAGGUCUCUUGUUGAUCGGUGUAGGCAGCAGCUUUGUGAAGGCAGAGCUGGCUGAAGUGACUGGCAACCCAAAGCAGACCAUUGUCUACUCAGACCCCCAGGAUUUGUUCAACAGGAUCCCAGAGCUGCAGAGAAGAAUUUGCAGUGUGAACAAUCCUGAAGAAGCAAAAAGCCCUGUGAACCUGUGCAAACCUAACCCAUGCAUGAACCAGGGCGUGUGCAUCCUCAGGCCGGGAAGCUACUGGUGUGAAUGUCAUGGCUGGGAAGGACUCCACUGCGAGAGCAGAGUUCCCUGAGGUGAUUCUCCAAGAUCUCCAGUCCUCCCUACAGACUCCCAUGUGCAGCAGAUUCCAGGCAGUUUUCAGUGCUUCUCUGGAGACCACCGGCACCUGAAAAGGUCCUGAGAUGCUGACCCAGAAGUGCUGUGAGCUCCAGUUCUGACCCAGCAAGACAUUGCUGCCCUUGGUUGAGUGACUGGGCCAUUCCCAGUUCCUGCACUGCACAAACUGGG